UCUUGGCUUUCAGCUGCUCAGUGUUCUCCGGUCUUUUAGACAACAAGGCUUGUUGUUUGAUUUCACCAUCAACGUGCAGGACCACAGUUUCCCUUGUCAUCGGUGUGUGCUUGCAGCAUCCAGUGACUUCUUUAGGGCUAUGUUUGCGGUGGACAUGCGUGAGUGUGGAGAUGGCUCAGUUCAACUGACUGACCAGAGUCCUGCAGCUGUGAGCACUUUCCUGGAUUUUGCUUACUCUGGAGAAGCCCUCAUCACUGAUGCAAAUGUAGACAUGAUAUUUCAGAUAGCCUCCUUCCUUCAAGUCCCGGUCCUCUUUAAAGCAUGUAGUGAUUUUCUCAUAAGGAUGAUGGAUCUGACAAAUAUCCUGUCCCUCUUGUCCCUUGCUGAGGCAUAUGGUUCAGCGUCACUGCUCCAAAAUGCCAAUGAUUUUGUAGUUGAAAACUUUUAUGGCUUGUCUCAAAAUAAGGAUUUUCUGGAUAUGCAGAUAAAUGUGUUGGAAGCAUGCCUUAGAUCAGACUGUCUGAACGUCCCCAGUGAAGAGACCCUGGUUAUGUCUCUUCUGCAAUGGAUACACCACAGUCUUCCUGAAAGACAAAAGCUGCUGCCAGAACUGCUUUCCCUGAUCCGACUCCACCACAUCCCUGCAUCUGCACUAAAGGCAUUUCAUUUUAUUGUGCACACAUCACAUAGCACAUACACCGAUGUAUUGCAGUGUAUUGAUGUGAUGUUAACAACAUCCCAGCAUGUACAGAGUCAGUAUAAUGGUCUCAUGACAGACGCCAGGCCAUCCACAACCCAAAGCUACAUUUACAUCCACAAAACAGAGGAAAACAGUGAGAUCAACCACAGCUUCUGCUACUGUCUAGAUUCAGAUCAGUGGAAGGAGCUGAGAAUGGAGGAGGUCACUGUGCUUGAUCCUCCUGGUUGUCACUUCACAAGCUAUGCUGAGAAGAUAUUUGUUACAGGUGGUUGUCGCGGAAACUGUUGUCGCGCAGUUCGCCUCCAUGUGGCCGAGCCGUACCAUGAUGCCACAGACGAGAUGUGGUGCUUUUGCCCUGUGACCAGGACCUGCAGCCCUGCUCCUGCCUUGAUCACACCACGCACUAUGCACACUGCAGUGAUGUGCCUUAAUCGAAUCUAUGUCAUUGGAGGAAGGACUAGAGGAUCCACAGGUGAAGCUCCAAGUCUAUUGGAGGUGGAGUACUACAACCCUCUGUGUCAGACUUGGACUGCUGUCAGCCCUCUGCCCACUGCAAUAUUUUACCCAGAAUCCAGCACAUGUGACAGUAUUAUUUACACACUGGGUUCUGAGGUGGAGAUCACAGAUUCCUUUAACCCUUUGCUUGACUGUUUCUUCCGGUAUGACGCCAAGCACGACCAGUGGACACGCCUUGUCGCAGAGUUUGGACAGUUCUUUCAUGCUACACUUGUUAAAGCAGUAUCCAUUAAUAAUACACUACAUCUGUGUGACUUGUCAACUUAUAAGGUGUUCAGUUUUUGCCCUGAGACAUGCGAGUGGAAGGGUGAGGGUUCUUUUGAGAGCGCAGGUUUCAACGCCGGGUCUGUGGGAACGAGAGACAGACUCUACGUCUUAGGAGGGGACUAUUCACCAGACGAGAUCACUGAUGAAGUUCAGGUGUAUCACAGUGGUAAAAGUCAAUGGGAGGAGGUGACGCCCAUGCCCAGAGCACUGACUGAGUUCCACUGCCAGCUUAUCAGCUUCAACAAAUACAGAGACCCAUGGAGGGAUGAGACAUAGACUGAUAUUCAUAACGUACAUGGGCUUUAUUACAUGGUGG